AAGCGGUCCCACACGUAGGACUCCUUAGCGUCCCACCAAACGCCAUGACAACAAAAAUUCCACAUCCCACGAAAAAGCAGAAGCAGAAGUUUAAUAUCUUCUUCCAUUAAGCAAAAAGCACCCGCUGAAAGCCGAAGACUUUGAUCAAACCCCAAGUCAAUGUCCGUACUCUUUCUCCUGUGUUUCUAAUCCUAUACAAACCCACCCAGAUUCCGAUUCUCCUUCAUGAAAGAUAGAUGGCUGCUAAUAGAAACCGCUUCACCAGAGCAGCAGCAGGUGACCUGACGAUGCCAUUGGGAUUCCGGUUCCGCCCUACAGAAGAAGAGCUGAUCGACUAUUACUUGCAGAUGAAGCUCGAGGGUAAGGAUUACCUUGUCAGCGACGUCAUCCGUGAAAUCAAUAUCUGCAGCCACGAGCCAUGGGACUUGCCUGGGUUUUCACUCAUAAAAUCGGAUGAUCAAGAAUGGUACUUCUUCAGCACUUACAAAAAAAACAACAGAAACCAGACCGAAAGGGCGACGAAGAACGGCUUCUGGAAGAUCACUGGUGCCCAAAAACCGGUCAAGACUCAAGACAAUAGAACUAUCAUCGGUAAAAAAAGGAUUCUAACUUUUUACCGAGGUACUGUUCGUAAUUCCCAAAGGACCAACUGGGGUAUGCAUGAGUAUUACAUUCCCCAAACCAAUCCUAAUGCUAAUCAGAGGGAUUUCGUUCUCUGUUGCGUAAAGAAGAAAUUAGGUGAGAAUGUGGAUGCUGCAAACUGUGAUGAAGGCGAAUAUAUUACUUACAACAAUGAAUCUGAUUUCGAAAAUCAACUGCUACGAGCACUUGGUAUGGAUAUUGAAGAGGAGCAUACUCAGCAACAACAAAGCAUGGACUAUUUUGAGAGGGAAGAGGGUCGUAUGCUUGCAAGUGCCCCUGGUAAUAAUGAUUACCAUGGGUUGCAAUAUGCAUUUGGAGCUGAUGAACCAGAUGAUAAGUUCGCAGAGUUCUUAAAUUCAAUUAUUGUUGACAGGGAUCAGGAUGAAACAACUCAUGCUAACAUCUUCAACGACUCCACUCAUCCUGAUACAACUCAUGCUAACAUCUUCAACGUCUCCACUCAUCCUGAUACAACUCAUGCUAACAUCUUCAACGUCUCCACUCAUCCUGAUACAACUCAUGCUAACAUCUUCAACGACUCCACUCUGCCAGAGUCAAUUACGAGGGUGUAUUUUGAGGAUGAAGCAUUAAGCAGUGACGCAGACACAGAAAUACUCCUUGCACAGGAAAUGAGUUUACAAAUGCUUAGUGAGCCACCAGUUGAUUCGAGCCACUCCAGAAGACAGGAAGGUGUUAUGCUUUGCCAGGCACAGGCUGCUUCCUCUGUCAAUGUAGUACCUAAACCUCAGACUGAUCAUCUUCAAGUAGUCACUGAUGAACAUUCUGGUAUACAUCGUCGUCAAUUAGUUAAUGACGAGCAUUCUGGUACACAUCAAAGAACAAGCAGGCCGCAACGUGAAUCAAGACACAAUAAUGCCUUAAACGUAAAGAAUGCUUCCUCUGUGGAUGUAGAUGCAGAAUUACCUCAGAUUAAAUGUAUUCGAUUAGCCCCUGACGAAUACUAUAACAAUGAAAGAACACGCAGAAGAACAAAUCCAACAAGUGCCCUCGAAGCACUAAGCAAACAGAAAGAAUUAAAACAGCAGCAAAGCAAGGCAAAAGAAGCUGCAGAGCUUCGAGCUGCUGUUGAUUUUCCUCCGAAGUUGACCUCUAUAUCAAAGUCUAACAAAGAAGCAGAGGUGGCUCAAGGUAAUAAUGCAGAAAAGGGUGUGAAGCAGACACAGAACACAACAAUCACUUGCAAUUGGAAGGGCUGUUCUUUCAUUUCAUGGGAGACAUCCCCCCCAUUAACAAGUCCCCCAUCAGAAUACCUUUUCAACAUGUUUCUAGGCAUAAUAAUGUUCUGCUUUUUUGCUUGGCAAGUAAUUUUAUACGGGUAGUGGUGCUAGAGGGGUUCAUUCACCAGAAAAAUGGCUAGUUUUUGUUGACUGUCACACAACGAGUAAUGCCAUACUUACUGGUUACUUAUUGCUGCUCUAAAAUGUGGGAGUACCAGCCACGGUUUGCAGUGAUGAAUUGUUUAUAUUUGGUAUAGCCUAUAGAGUUUGACUUUUUUCUGUUUCUACGGACCAUAUGUAAUGAUGGAUGGCUAGUCCUGGAAUCUCAACAUAAUAUAUUGUUUUUUGCUUAAUCA